GCCAAGUCCUCGUGCCAAAAACUUUUUACCCACAGUCGAAUGCGUCCAAGCCAUCCUAAGUCAAGAACUGAAUCUCGAGGAGUAAUACAUCAUAAAGUAUAUAUUACGAGGGAUUCCCUUUACUGAUAGAGAUAGAGUUUUCCAUUUUGCGAUUCCAGGGCAAUACGAAAUUGUCUGUGGAAUAAACCCACUGGAAAGGUUCGGGUGGUGAGGAUGGACCGAGCCCCAAGCUCCAGCCCAGGUGGCACCAGUCAAACAUCACAACCAACCCAACAUGAACCCAUCAGCUUCGGCAUUGACCAGAUUCUCAGCGGCACCGAUCAAGAAUCACAGCAGAACUCGAGCAGGAAUAAUUCCGAGAGCAACAGCAGCAGCGCGAGCGGAGGAAGUUACCAUCUCGGCAGCCCAACGGGAGCGAGCGCAACGCCGUACACUACGCUAACAGGCACUUUUCACGGUAUCGCGGCUCCAUAUGAGGAGUCCAGUCCGUACGGAGUGAACUUGACCCUUGCACCCGGAGGAGUGAUUAGGGUCCCGGCUCACAGGCCCCUGACCGCGGCCGUGCCUCCACCCAUGGCCAGCGCGGUACCCGGACUUGGGAGCCUCAGUUUUCCCUGGAUGGAGAGCAGCCAGCGAUUCGCAAAAGACAGAUUUGCAGCAGCCCUGACGCCUUUCACUGUGGCUCGGCGUAUUGGUCACCCGUACCAGAACCGCACACCACCUAAGAGAAAGAAGCCUCGUACGUCUUUCUCCCGAGUGCAGAUCUGUGAGCUGGAGAAGCGCUUCCACAGACAAAAAUACCUGGCCAGCGCUGAACGAGCAGCUUUGGCCAAAACUCUGAAGAUGACAGACGCUCAGGUCAAAACCUGGUUUCAAAACCGCAGGACCAAAUGGAGGCGGCAGACGGCAGAAGAGAGGGAGGCAGAGCGACAGCAGGCCAACCGACUGAUGAUUCAACUCCAGCACGAUGCCUUCCAGAAGUCUUUGACUGAAUCAGUUCCAACAGACCCGCUCUGCAUCCACAACUCAUCACUGUUCGCCCUGCAGAACCUACAGCCUUGGGCGAGUGAAGAGAGCGGCAAGCUCGGGGGAGUGACUGCGCUCGUAUGAGUACCACAACUCGAGAAGCAAAGGACAUUCUCGUUCUUUUUUGAUGGACUGGGAUGUUGGUUGACCUUAUCUCCUUCCUAAAAGACUAUUUCAUUCCACAAAAAAAGUGAGGAACUAAUACUGAACCAAUGAGCAAACCCAUAUAAGUAAAAAGUUCAGCAUCGUAUGAGCCUCUGCAGAAUAUCCUUUUUUUGUGGCGUGUCUGUGCGUACAGAGAUUUUUUUUUAUCCCCAUUAGGGUCAGUUUCAUUGACAAGGGAACAGGCCCUCUCAGCUGACCCUUUUAUACAGAUCCACUGAUCUUCUCCUCCAUCCUUUCAUUUGUCCUUCUGCCCCUCUGUAAUCUCUCCACCACUCAGAGCUGUAAAACACAGGAUUAAUGCAGAAGAUGGAAGUAACAAUGAAUUAAUUAUUCAUAACGUGAAUUCCACGACCUAAAAUGCCCCCAAUCUGACCAUUUGUGAGGAAAAAAAGGACACAAACGCACAAAUAAACACUUUUCUGUCAUCGAUAUAAGUUAUUGUUUUAUCAGGCUGGAUAGUAAAUGAAUAUUUCAUCAUUUUUUAUGAAAUUACAUCCCAACUAGUUGAGGAAUCACAUGAAACGUCCAGAAGACAGGUGUAUGAGGUUAUACAGAGUGGUUGCAAUUUAUUUUAUUGGGUGGAUUUAUUCAGCAGUGAUUCCGAAUUGCGCUCAGAAACUCCUCAGAAUCAUGCUUCCAUGGUUGAAUGUUGUGUGUCAGACGGAAAGAACGAUUUCAGAUGAAACAAGGGUUUGUUAGAUGCCAUGUGUUGUAGGUGUGCUGUGGCAUCCCAAACUCUGUAUUAUACUUUGUAUUUGAUAAAUAUGUAAAUAGCAUACAAAAAAGUAAUAAACAAUCUGUUUUGGCAUUAACACAAAA